ACCACCCAAAAUACAGCCAUUGAUGUAGUCACAAAUCCCAAUCCAAUGGUUGUGAUCAAAGAAUGGUACUGUACAGUUUUUUACUUAGAUGGGCUAUUAGCCAACCCCUUUACAUAAAGUCCCAUUAAUAUAUAUAUCUCCAUUUUUCUACAAAUGAAAAUUUGUUUAGCAGCAGAGAAAAUGGGUCUGUGAAGUUUCCCGGCCAAAAAAAGAAAAAAGAUUUUAUAAACUUUUCUCCCAAAGACAUUUAUAGACCAUCAUUUCUUAGGAGAACCCAGUAAGUAUUAGGUCCAUACACACAAGGAGUUUUUCUUCUUCCUUUAAUCUUUGUAGUGUAGAAAGAAGGAAAACAAAAAUGCCAUUCAUACCAUAAGAGGCCUAAACAGAUUCAGAGUAAUGGGUAUGGUGUAGUCAAGCUUUACUGCAUAAAAAAGAAUAUUAUCAUCUAUGAGUGAACUUUGACUUGCAUAUAAGACAACUUGAUCUCUCCCUGUCUCUUUCUAACAGCAAGGUAAAUGAGAAGAAAGGCAAGCUUACUUUUAACUUUUUGCUUGAUUUUGUUGUGAAAAUGAAGAUAUUUGUUCAAAUCAUGGUACUUUAUUUAUUUGUUAUUUGAUUGAGAAUCUAUUUUGUAGAAUAUUAAAUCAAGGGAUGUUUUGUUUCUUUCCCAUUCAGAUGGAAAAUCAAGGGAGUGCCUUAGAUUUUGAACUGUGGCAGCUGAGACAUGAAAACAUGAGCAAAACUUUGGAAGAGUUCCAUUGUACAACUUUUACAAAAUGUAAGGAUAUAGAGAAUCAGUUGGAUUCGAAUUGGAAGUGGUUAAAAGCUCAUUCCGAACAGCUUGUGCAACGUGAAAAUGAAGUUUUGUCCAAAGAGAAACAAUUUGAAGCUAAAGAGUUGGAGUUGAAACAAUUGGAUGGAAUGCAAAAGUCGAGUCUGGAGUUGUCGAAGGAAAUUGAGCAAAAACAGAAGCAAUGUCGUGGUAUUGAAGUAAGAAUUGAAGAGAAAGAGAGGGAGUUUCUUAACAUUAAUUCAUCUGUCUUAGAUGCUGAGAGUAAAUUGGAUACUCUACAAAGAAGUAUUGAAGAGCAAGCACAAAAACAUGAAGGAAUGUUGAAGGAGUAUAAACAAGUCUCCGAGUUGAAAGAAGAUCUUUUAUAUAAGAAGCAGAGCUUUCUUGAGAAAUGCAUGAAAGAAAUCGAGUUGCAGGAAGAUCUUCUUGGUAAGAAGCAGAAAUCACUUGAGAAUUGCACCAAAAAAAUUGAGUUGAAAGAAGACCUUUUAGGUAAGAUGCAAAGAUCUGUUGAAAAUUACAUGGAGGAUUGUAAAGUUCGUGAAAGUUUUAUUGAUAAUUAUGACAAACAGAUCAAACUUAAAGAGGAAAAGCUUGUUUCAUAUCAGACUUUGAUCGAUGAAUGCUCUGAUGAACUCAAUUUAAAGAAACAUCAGCUUGAUUUGGUUCAAAAGUUAAAGGCAGAGAAUUCUGAUUCAUUGCAUAAGUUAAUGGAGAAUUGUGAUCAUAAAGUGGAGGAGAAAGAGAAGAAUUUUGAAAAUUUUGUAAAGGAGCUUAAGUUGAAGGAACAAUUUCUUGAAUCGAAGCUCGAAGAACUUGAUCUAUUUGAUAAGAAAGUCGUUGGAUGCUUCAAAGAGCUAGAACUAAAAGAGAGGCAAUUUGAAAAAAAGGCCAAUGAGUUUAAACUGAAAGAGAGUGAGUUUGAAAGAAAGGCCAAUGAGUUUAAACUGAAAGAGAGUGAGUUUGAAAGAAAGGCCAAUAAGUUUAAACUGAAAGAGAGUGUGUUUCAAAGAAAGGAAAAUGAGUUUAAACUGAAAGAGAGUGAGUUCCAAAGAAAGGCCAGUGAGUUUGAAUUGAAAGAGAGGGACUUCGAAAGAAUGGACAAUGAGUAUAGACUGAAAGAGAGUGAGUUUCAAAGAAAGGCCAGUGAGUUUGAAUUGAAAGAGAGGGACUUUGAAAGAAUGGCCAAUGAGUUUAGACUGAAAGAGAGUGAGUUUCAAAGAAAGGCCAGUCCGUUUGAAUUGAAAGAGAGGGACUUCGAAAGAAUGGCCAAUGAGUUUAAACUGAAAGAGAGUGAGUUUCAAAGAAAGGUCAGUGAGUUUGAAUUGAGACAAAAAGGAUUUGCACCAAUUGAAAGAUCACCUGUAUUGGUUGUCAAAGAAAAAACCAACUUAUCAUCUGCUUCUCCUCUGUCUUGUGUGACCAAUGGUGAGAAAGACUUGUUCUGGCUUUUGAAUGAAUAUUUACAGAAGCAUGAUUUGGUUUGUAGUCAAAUUUUAAGUGUUGUCAAAGCUUCAUCUUCAUCAGAUCCUGCAAAGUUGGUGUUGGAUACAAUAAACAAGAUUUAUCAUUUGCAUUCCGCUAGGGAAAAAAUUGAGUUUGAAGACAGUAUUGCUAGAAGGGGAUGCAGCCUUUUGUCAGAGAUGUUACUUAAAGUCUCACCAGAGAUUAAUCCUCAAGUGAGAAAAGAAGCAAUGAAGUUAGCUAGUGCUUGGAAGGCCAGUUUGAAUGUGGCAAGUGAUAAUUUUGAGGUGUGGAGUUUGUUGCAGUUUCUAGCUAGUUUUAAAUUGGCCUCUGCCUUUGAUGUGAAUGAGCUUCACUAUCUUCUUGAUGCUGCUGGUUUGAUUAUUCAGACAUCCCAAUUACGUUCUCCACAUGGGGAUAUAGGAGAAUGUGUUCGAACUCUUAUCCAAGGGGAAGAGAUCAUUCGAGCUGUUAGACUUAUUUGUCGAUUGAAGUUAAGGGACAUGUUUCCACCACUCCAACUUUUGAUUAAAUUUUUGGAAGAUAUUGAGCGUUCUACACAAAAAUCAUAUGAGGAAAGGAAAUUUUACAAAGCAAAGAAACAAUCCAUUGACAAAGAAGUAGCUGCUCUGAAAGGUGUGUCGGAAUGCAUGAAAUUUUGCAAUCUUGAGUCUGAGAUCCUAUCCAACAAAAUCUCAAAACGCUUUGGCAUUUUGGAAAAUAUGAGCCAGUCAUUAGGCCGGGAGGUUGAUCCAUCACCCAAGAAGAAACAAAGAAAGAUUGGUUCUAAUCCAAAGGAAAAUUUUGCUAGGUGUUCCCUGACAACUAAGUUGGGCGAAACUGUUGGAGCUGGUAGUAGGAGUUCAGGUUCACGUUUGCCACAAUCAUCGUCACCCUUAAAGAUCGGCACAACUACACCUCCAUUAGUGCCUAAGGUUGCCAAUUCAAUUGUUGGCUCUUAUAGGAGUCCAGGUUCUGCUUCUUGGACCAAACCUCCCAAAGGUUCUGUCAAGUUGAAUUUUAGUCAUACAGCACGACCGGAGUGUAGCUUCUUAAGCGUGGUGGCGCGUAGCCAUAAUGAAGUCUUGGCAAUCAAGUGUCGGAAGAUUGGUCAGUCUAAUCCAUUGACUGCUGAAGCUUUAGCUGCUCUGGGUGCUUUGACUCUGGCAUCUUCUGAAAAAUGGGAUACCAUCUUUUUGGAAGGAGAGUCAUUGCUGCUUAUGAAUAAUCUUCAAGGAAUUUCUGAACCAAUGGAGUCCAUUUCCAGUGUGGUCUCUGACUCAAUUGCUAAAAUGAAAACUUUCAAACAAGUCAUUGCAAGUUGGAUACCGGCUGAGGCUAACACUAUGGCUCGUAAUGUAGCUAGGUGGGCUGCAGAUAACAAUGUUAAUGGCUCAUCUUGGAUAUCAGUUCCUAGUGACUUGGUUUAUAAGUGUUACAAAGUAUAAUGCCUUUUGACUUUACUAGUUUUUGUAAGUGUAAGUUUAGAGGUAUGUAACAUAAAUAUUUUUGGUAUAGAAACCAAAGCUUUACAUAUAUACAUUACUUUAAUUUAUUUUAUAGUUUUAUAAAGAGGAAUUUACUAUUUUAUA